CUGAUCCAGGGGAGGAUGUUGAAGUUCCGUGUGGACAGAAGAGUGAGUCAACAUGACCCCAGUGGACCAGCUGGACCAGCAGUGAGCCCGAUCCAGCUGGAAGAGCCUUCAACAAUACACUCCUUUCUGCAGCACUGUGAUUUGGAUAUGAAUGGGAAGGUGAAUGCUCCUGCUGAGAAGAUCACUCACUCCAAAAGUGCCAAUAUGGUGUCAGAACUGUCCUCAGAAUCCCACAACCGGGCACUGCAGCCAUCUCAUAGUCUCAGAAGUGCUCCUAGAAUGGCAGCUACUUUUGGGAAGCGCUCCAACUCUAUGCGCAGGAACCCCAAAGCAGAAGUCACCAAACAGGGAUGGCUAUAUAAGCAGGCCAGCAGUGGAGUGAGGCAAUGGAACAAGAGGUGGUUUGUCCUCACUGAUAGAUGUCUUUUCUACUAUAAAGAUGAGAAGGAGGACACGGUGUUAGGGAGUUUGCCGCUGCUUAGUUUCCGAAUCCGUGGAGUGGAGCCUUCGGAUAACAUCACCCGCAAGUUUGCCUUUAAGGUGAGGUUGGAUAAGGAGGAGGGUGAGGAUGGGGAGUUGAAGGGUCCUGUUGUGUUUUGCAUGCAGGCAGAGCAUGCUGGUACCAGGACAUACUACUUCAGCGCAGAUAGCCAUGAGGAACAGGAAGAAUGGAUUAGAGCCAUGAGUGAGGCUGCAGAGGUCCACAUUCAACCAACACAGAGAAUAAACUCUGACACCACUGCAGAUCUCAACCACACCAUGGUGACCAAGGCUCCCAGCCCGCAGAAACAACAGCAUCCACACACACAAACACACAAUGAAACAGACAGUGACCUCCACCCCGUCACUAAGAUCAACGGGGUCAACAACCAGGAGAAGCCCCUACCCUCGACCCCCUGCUCUGACCAAGAGGGUAAAAAGAGAGAUGGAAGACUAGGUAAAGGUGGAAGAGAAGGUGAAGAUGAAGGAGGAGGGGCUGGUCCUGACCACACCUCUUACCCAAGUCAACAUCCAAAUGGUUGGGGCAGCUAUGGCCCUCAGGACACCAUGCCCCACCACAGCAGCAGCAAACACCCACCUUCCAGUGGACACCGUGUCCCCUCGGGACACCCAGAGGGGGGGGUCAGCCCAUUAAGUGACACCAGGGAGCAACAGGAAAACGUGGUGCUGAGAAGGGGGUUUGUGCCCAGGACAGCUCCAGAGAGGGUGGCCCAGAGGAAGAGCUCAAUGGCACAGCUGCAGCAGUGGGUCAACCAGCGGCGGGGCAUAGCGUCCCAGGAGGACAUCAACAGUCCAUCUUGUUACUAUCCUGUAAACCGUGGGGUCUCAGGUGACUACUAUGGCUACGCUGGUGGCCCCCAGUAUGUGGAGGAGUACCCUCUGUACCCACCAGGAGUCCGACCUGACAGUAUCUGCUCUGUCUCCGCUAUGGGGGGAUAUGACCGGCGCUGGACUGUUGAGGAGAAACGCCACUCACUGAGGGACGGACCCCAUCACCUGUAUGGAACCCCAAUGUCCAGGGACCAAUGGGGGCCACCGUGCUAUGGUGGAAUGGAAACAUCCAUGAGACGUCUGUCCAUCCAGCCCCGCUCCAGGUCUGUGCCCAGGUCACCGUCAUCGUCACUGGGGGGGCCCUACUCACCCGUGCCACCCAACUUUGUCUCGCCAGCUCGAUCGCCUUCUGCCCGCUUUGACAGGUUUCCAGGAAGAUUGAGGGACGAUGUGAUCUAUGUAGAUCCAUCUGUCUACAGCCUGAGGAGAUCCCUCAGCUCACCGAAGUAUGACUACCCUGGUGAUAGGAGGUCCUUAAGCCAAGGAUUAUACCACUACAACUACCCUGUAUCCCCUUCCAUCCACAGUAAAAUGGAGGACAUAUUAGACCUACAGCUCCAGCGCAACCUGGAUUACUUAGACCAACAGGUUCCUCCUUUCCAUGAUGUGUACAGCAGAGAGCUACACCCCACACUGAAGCUUAAUGAGAUUGAAACCAGUAAACUUCUGGGUCGGCUAUGUGAGCAGAACCGUAUUUUGAAAGACCACGAGGCUGUUGUCCACAGACUAAGAAUGGACAAGGACAGCCUAGAGGAAGCACUGGUGGGAACUCAUCAAGAGAUGGAGCUGUACCAUAACCAGCCUUUAGCGAUGGAGAAGCUACGGUUCAAAAAGGAAACCCUGCAGAACCAGCUCAUCAACAUCAGAGGGGAGCUCUCCCAGGCCUCCAGUGCUUUAACCACCACUCGUAUGGAGUUUGAAGCAUUAGAAGAUGAGGCCAACGCCAUUCACGGAGAUCUAUGGGAGCAGCUCAAUGCAGGAGGGCAGAGUGAACUGGUUCGUAGACACAUCCAGAAAGAGUUUUGGAGGGUCCAGGAUGUGUUAGAGGGACUGCACAAGAAUAAUUUAUCCAGAGGCACUGACACAACCAAGCACAGAGUGGCCAGCGGUGCAUCAGGCUCUUUUAGCACCAAUAGUCCUGCCAGUCCCCUGAGCUCAGUAAGCCUCACCAGCCCGCUCAGCCCCUUCUCCCCAGUGCCCGGCUCCCAGGCCUCCCCCACCAAACAGCUGGGCCCGGAGGAAAGUGUUCCCCCAAGGCCUCCCCUUCCCAAGUCCUAUUACCCUAUGGAGCCCUCCCCUGUCUUUCCUCCCUCGAUCCCUCCCCUGCCCUUUGACAGCACUGCCUGGUUACACAGCUUGGGCCUCGCUGAUGAUAUCCUUGAUGGUGAAGAUUCUCACAUCAGAAAGUCCAAGUUUGGAGAACAGAACAAUGCCAGUGACAUGCAGGACCAGGUCCAGGACAGACAAUCCACCAUGAAUAAAGUUGGCAUUGUCCCUCCUAGGACAAAGUCCCCCACCGAAGAAUCCCACAGCAGCUCUGCUAGAGUUUCCCGUCAUGACGGCAGAGUGCCUGAUGGAAUCUCAAGGGAACGUCCAAAGAGCGCUGUGUUUCCUGCAGAGGUAAGGUCAAAGAUGAGCGUGGAGGAGCAGAAUGAGAGAAUCCGACGCAACAAGAGCAGCUCUGUGAGGGACAAAAGGCGGAGUCUAAACCUCUCAGGAGUCCAGUCUCCAUCCAACUACAAAGUGAUUCGUCGGCGUCUGACAGCUCACGAGAUCGAUAUUAAAGACUUGGAGGUGGCGGUUCGAGGGCAGGGGCAGGAGUCACCUCGGGAAGAAAUUGCUCGCCUGAGACGGUUAAAGGUUGAACCAGAAGCCUAUGACCUGGACAUCAGCAAAGAGCUGCUGACUCCUGACAAGGUUCUUAUCCCGGAGCGCUAUGUGGAUGAGGAGGAUGACACUCCCCUUAGUCCAGAAGAGCAGAAGGAGAAGCAGAAGAAACUGGAGCGGAUCAAGACCCUCAUUGCUAAAUCAAAUUUGCAGAACAUGGUUCCUAUCCUGGAUGGCCCGAUGGAGGCUGGAGCUCCAGUUAGCUCCCAGCAGCAGCUGCAGGAGCAGGAGAAGCGCAUUGAGAUCUCCUGUGCCCUGGCUGCUGAGGCUUCUCGUCGCAGUCGCCUUCUCUCUGUCCAGUGUGCCCACAGUCCCCCCUCCUCCCCGACCAGCCUGGCCCCUCCCCCUUCCUCUGCUGACUUCCCCAACUCCGCCCACAUCAUGAAGGCGUGAGUCAUACAAGCUCAAGCCCUGGCUGCUGUCAAGUUUGAUGGAGCAUCCUUUUGAGGAUUCACUGGACAAAUUGAACAAUGAAGAUGAUCCUGGACAAGUGAAUUUAAUUUUGUGUUUAGAACCUAAACUGAACUCCAACUAAAGCACGUAAAAUUGCCAAAAGAAUUUCCUACGAGGCAAGAGAAAAUCUAAAACCCUAAUGGAAGCUAUUAAGACUUUUAAGCUUACCCCCAGAUUUCCAUAUCAUCCAACCUGCCACAUUCUGCUACUAUUUGUGCACUAUGUCACAAAAUAAGGCUCCAGAUCUUUUACCAGCUUUAGAUGUUUGUUUUUUUUUUACAAUCCCAAAUACAAAUAAAUUGGGACACUGUGUAUAACAUAAAUAAAACUUAUUGCAAUGCUUUCCAAAUAUUUAAUGUUCAAACCGAUAAACAUUAUUGUUUUUUGUAAAUGUAUACUCAUUCUGAAAUUAUGGCUUGCAACACAUUCCAAAAAAGUUGGGUCAAGAGCAUAUGCUGUAUACCACUGUGUGACACCCCUGUUUUAACAAAUGCCAGAGUAUUAUUUUUAGGUUGCCAGCCAGGACACCUUUUUUGAUCAUAUUCACUAACCUUCCAAGCCCCCAGAAUAUUUUGUUCUUAGAAUAUAUAAGGAAUGAAUAUGUCAAAAAUAAAGAACAGAUCUCUUUUUAAACACUUUCAUUCAUACAAAAAACUAUUAAGGCUUCUUGAAUUUGUGCAUUUUCAUUAAAAAAAAAGGUAAAAAAGGUAAAACUUUUGUCUAAGAGAGUCAAUUUCAAGUAAAAAAUCAGUUUCAUAUUUCCAUUUUUUUUUCUCUCACUUUAUGUCAGCGUCAAUUGUAUAAAAAUAUAAUAAUCAUAAAAAUAAUGAUGAAAAUAAUAUUCUGAUUGAGAUGUAGUGGAACAUAGGGCAGCACGGUGGCAUCGUGGUUAGCACUGUUGCUUCACAGCAAGAGGGUCCCUGGUUUGAACCCGGGUUGGAACGGGGUUUGGUCAGUCAGUGGGGCCCUUCUGUGCAGAGUUUGCAUGUUCUCCCUGUGUCUGCGUAGGUUCUCUCUGGGGUCUCUGGCUUCCUCC